AUGACAUGCCAUAGCACAUCAAUGCUGUUGGCACAGCGCCACAGUUGGUUAGACAGAUCCCGUGAGUCAGCGUUACGCGAGACCGGUGCGCGGCGGCGCGAUCGAUACCCUGCACUCCCUCCCCUCAGGCCCUCUCGUCCCCAUGCACCUGUCGUAGCCGACAGUACCGCUGAAAUAAGAAAAACCUCACAGAAACCAUCCAAAAAUGAAGUAAAUUUUAAGAAAAUAAGUGCUUUUCCUCGAGUCAAUUUUGGUCACCAGUGCAAGGUCACAUCGGUCGUAGACCUUAAG